CUCUUUCUACCCAGAACCUGCAACCUUCCUAAUAUUGACAGCUCGGACUUUUAGACCCAAAAAGCCUCUCUCUCUCACGGAGACAGAGACACAAGAAUGGCACCAACAGCAGCAUCGGACUCUUCGAACAGAGCUGUAUGUGUAAUGGAUGCAUCAGGCCACUUAGGCACCAGCCUCGCUGAGCACCUGCUGCAAAAGGGUUACACAGUCCAUGCUGCCCUUCAGAAACAUGGGGAAUCGCGGUUGAGUGGGAUUUCCUGUGACAAAAAGAAGCUCAAAGUUUUCAAUCUGGAUCCGUUCGACUACCAGAGCAUUCUCGACGCUCUCAAAGGCUGUUCUGGCUUGUUUUAUUCAUUUGAGCCUCCACAAGAACAACCAGACUAUGAUGAAUACAUGACAGAAGUAGAGGUUCGAGCAGCACACAACGUACUAGAAGCCUGUGCAAGAACUGAAACAAUAGACAAAGUCGUGUUUACAUCUUCCGCCGCUGCUGUCCUUUGGCGAAACGAUCGCAAAUCGACAACUCUUGAUUUGGAUUUGGAUGAACGACACUGGACCGAUGUCAAUUUCUGUCGUAGUUUCAAGUUGUGGCAUGCAUUAUCAAAAACCCUAGCAGAGAAGACAGCAUGGGCCUUGGCAAUGGACAGGAGCUUGAAUAUGGUGUCUUUGAAUGUAGGGUUGCUGAUGGCUCCGGAUUUGUCCAUAACCAACCCAUAUUUGAAAGGAGCAGCUGAGAUGUACGAAGAUGGUGUGCUCGUGACGGUUGAUACUGAUUUCUUAGUCGAUGCGCACAUUUGCGUUUUUGAAGAUGUCUCAUCCUACGGUCGAUAUCUAUGCUUCAACAACAUCAUCAAUCGGUCUGAAUAUGCUAUGGAGCUUGCUCGGAAGUUGACCCCUGCUACCCUUUCAUACCCCGAACGCCAAGACCAGGACAUGAGGAUCCCUCGACAGAGAAUAAGCAACAAGAAAUUAAAUAAAUUGAUGGUGGAAUUUAAGAGCAAAUCUCAAGAGUGUUGAAGGGUGAUUUGCUUAUAUAUAUAUAUGACAUGACAUGACAUGUUGGUCACUUAAAGCACAUUCAUUAAGAAAACAUGUUUUUGUAUUAUUACAUUUAUUUGUAUGCUUUGUAAUAUCCUAUUUCUUUACUUCUUUUGAAGCUAGAAAUUUAUAUAUUGUUGGUUGUUGGAAUU